CGUCACAAACUCCGCCCACACACACGUUUCUUCCUGGUGGUUUUACGAAGGAAAAGAGAACCUUCAGCAUGCAGGAGGAUGAAGAGACACACAUCAGGAGGAGGAGGAAGAUGAUGAACUGAAGAAAGAGAAGCAGAUCAACAUGAGCAGCAUAAUAACAUGAAGAUCAGCAACAUCAGAAAUGAACAGAGAUGAUGAUCAGCUGAUGAAGACUGAAGAUCAACAUGAGCAGCAGAGAGAGCAGAGCCGUUGAACACAGUCCUGCUCUCAAAAGAAGUCGAAGCAAAGAACUAGAGCCUCCUGACUUGAGCACUGAUUCUCCUCUGAGGAUUCUUCUCCUGGGUAAAAGCGUGUCUGAGAACAGCCGUGUGGGAAACUUGAUCUUGGGCAGAUCAGCGUUUGACAGUGAAGCUCCUCCAGAUGUUGUGGAGAGAGUCGGAGGAAGACUGAAGCACAGACACGUGACGCUCAUCAACAGUCCUCAACUGCUCCACACACACAUCUCAGAUGAUCAGAUCACACAGACGGUCAGAGAGUGCGUGAGUCUGUCUGAUCCAGGACCUCAUGUGGUGCUUCUGCUCCUCCAACAUCAGCAGUGUUCAGCAGAAGAUCAAGAGCGUGUGGAGAAGCUGCAGGACUCUUUCUCUGAGCGCCUUCUUCAACACACCCUGGUGCUCAGCACACAAGAGCCCACUGAACCCAAUCAGAUCCUGCAGAAGAUCAUCCAGAAGUGCUCCAACAGACACUUCAGUCUUCAGACAAGCAGCUCUGCUGAUCAUCUUCUGCAGGCCUUUGAGGACAUCGAGCGGAGCAAUGAGGGACGACACCUGAUUACACCAGCUCCAUCUGGAGACUCACUGAGAGAACAGUUUAAUGAGAGACUGAGAGAAGAGAGGGAGAGGAUGGAGAGAGAGAAAGAAGAUCUUCAGUCUAAACAUGAAGCGGAACAAAACAAGAUGAAGAUCCAGAUAGAGGAACUGAAUAGAGAAAGAGAAGAACUGAUGAAGAAGCUCACGCAAGAGAAAGAGAGAACAAAGAAGUUGACGAUGGAGAAACAACAAAACCAGGAGAAAGAGAGAAUGAAGAUGAUGGAGGAACAACAGAUUCAGGAGAAAGAGACCAUGAAGAUGAUUAUGGAAGCACAUCAGAAUCAGCAUAAAGGGAGAAUAAAGAUGAUGGAGGAACAACACAUUCAGGAGAAAGAGCGCAUGAAGCUGAUGAUGGAAGCACAACAGAAUCAGUUUAAAGGGAGAAUGAAGAUGAUGAUGGAGGAGGAGGAACAACAGAAUCAGAAGAAAAAGAGAAUGAAGAUGAUGGAGGAACAACACAUUCAGGACAAAGAGACCAUGAAGAUGAUGGAAGCACAUAAUCUGUUUAAAGAGAGAAUAAAGAUGAUUAAGGAGGAGGAACGACAGAAUCAGAAGAAAAAGAGAAUGAAGAUGAUGGAGGAACAACAGAUUCAGGAGAAAGAGACCAUGAAGAUGGAGAAACGACAGAAUCCGGUGAAAGUGAGAAUGAGAAGAGAAGAAGAGUUCAUACAGAGAAAAGAGGGAAACGAAAUGCUUGAAAUAAUGAAAUUGGAGGGAAUUAAGAAACCGAAACCAGAGGAAAGACUGAAAAGAAGAGAAGAAAAACAGUUAUCUGAACUUUACAGGAGACACGAAAGUCCAGUUACUGGAUUCACACCAGUUUGUAUGUUAUCCUCGCUGGGAGAAAGAGGUGCUGGGAAAAGUUCAUCAGAAGAAACAUUCUUGCGUGGACCAGCAUUUGCCUCAAAGAAAAGCUCUACAUUCUCACAAGAUGCCGCUGUGGAGGCUGGAGAUUGGUUUCCAGUCCCUGUUUUUAACACACCAGGAUUAUCUGGUUCAUAUAUGACAGGAGGGGGUCAGCAGAUGAGGAAUGAAAGCUUUUCACGUCUUCAAACAAUGGCAAGUAAAGCAGAGCGAAAAAAGCCAGAACACACUCUAGUGUCCAGUCUCUCCUCCAGACGGAUUGUUCUUCUGGGUAAAUCUGGUGUUGGUAAAAGUACAGUUGGAAACACAAUCCUGGGACAGAAAAAGUUCUCAUGUCAGAUAAGGAGCCAUUCAGUAACGCGUGUUUGUUCAGCAGCUCAGGCCACAGUUUCAGGCAGAUCUGUGUCUGUAGUCGACACUCCGGGAUUCUUUCACACACAUAUGAACAACAAUGAGUUAAUGAUGGAGAUCCGCAGAAGUGUGUAUAUCUCCAGUCCUGGACCUCACGCUUUCCUCAUUGUGCUGCGUGCAAAUGACAGAUUCACUGAACUGGAGCAACAGACUCUUCAGAAGAUUGAGCUGAUGUUUGGUAAGGAUGUGUUGAAUUACUGCAUCAUUCUCUUCACUCAUGGAGAUCUGCUGGAUGGAGAAGUGUCCAUAGAGAAGCUGAUAGAGGAGAACAGUAGAUUAAGAUCUGUAGUCCAGCAGUGUGGAGGCAGAUAUCAUGUGUUCAACAACAGAGAUGAGGAGAACAGAGAGCAGGUGGAGGAUCUACUGCAGAAGAUUGACUCAAUGAUACAGCAGAAUGGAGGAGGACACUACACUAACCAGAUGUAUGAAGACGCUCAGAGAUUCAGACAAGAGCAGGAAGAGAAAAAGCUAGAGAGCAACUUGAAAGAUUGGCACAGGAGGGAGUGGACAAAAUGAAAAAAAAAAAAAAACAAACGAACAAAAACAAUAAACAGUUUUCACACAUUUCUUAAUCUCUCAAAUGAGUAACUGGAAAUGUUGCUCGGUUCUCACACUGUUCAUGGCAUUCCCAUCCUGUUGUAUUUAUAAAAAAACGACUAUCUUCACAAUUUUUAAAUCUAUGUUGCAUAAAUGUACGUACAUGUAUGACAGUUCUUACAUCAUUGAAAUCUAAACAUGAACUUGUAUUUUAAACUUGUGAUCUGCUUAUAUUGCUGUAUCUGAGAUGCAUGUGGGAUCAGGAUCAGCUGCUGCUUUCACCUUUUUUCUCGACGAGGCUGACUCUAGCUCUUUAAAUAUCAGCUUCAUAUUUGAUAAACUAUCCAUUCCACAUUAAAAUGUUAUUUGAUUGUAACUCCUCACUGCUCAGUUUUAUUGGCUGUUUUUCUUAAAGGAACCACUGGACUAAUUCCUACAGCUUGUGUCAUAACUGUUUUAUUUCUUAAUAGACAAGGUCAGUCAGUU